UGUGUAGUCAUGCGGUUUAACUUUGCCAGUGUUAUUGCAAACGGAAGGACUACACAUCCCAACACACUGAGCGACACGGAGCCUCUCUAUAGUUACUCAGUGACUGUAGUUCGCCCUACUUGAAAAUCCGUUCAUGAUUCAGUUCAUUAAUAAAUAAAGAGUUGGCUGUCAUGGCGGAAUCUGCAGCAUGUCCUGCCUUCCAGCUCGGGAGACCGCGAUACGAGCAGGGCUCAUUUCUGGGUCGGCUGAGACACUUUGCAGACAUCAUUGACCCCAGCACCCUGUUUGUGUCCGAGCAACGAUUGAAAGAAUGCUUGAAACUCCUCGAUGACUACAAACAUGGCGAGCUUCCACCGGGAGUGUCUGAUGGUCAGCUGUGGGAAGCCCAGAAGAUCAAGCAGGCUAUCAUUCAUCCAGACACAGGGGAGAAGAUCUUCAUGCCAUUACGAAUGUCAGGUUAUGUGCCAUUUGGAACACCGAUUGUCAUUGGCCUUCUUCUCCCAAAUCAGACUGUGGUGUCUACCAUUAUAUGGCAGUGGAUGAACCAGAGUCAUAAUGCCUGUGUGAACUAUGCAAACCGCAACGCCACAAAGCCUACGCCAACAUCCACGUUUCUUCAAGGCUAUGUAGGAGCUGUGACCAGCGCUGUCUCUAUUGCAGUGGGACUGAAUGUUCUGAUUAAGAAGGCCAACAGGCUGAGUCCGGCCACCAGGAUGAUCAUUCAGAGGCUCGUCCCCUUCCCAGCUGUAGCCAGUGCAAACAUCUGUAAUGUGGGCCUGAUGAGACACAACGAGCUAUCUGAAGGGAUUGAUGUGUUGGACAACAAUGGCAAAGUGGUGGGAUCCUCAAAGAUUGCUGCAAGACAUGCGAUCACGGAGACCGCCUUCACACGUGUGGUCCUCCCGAUGCCGAUCUUCAUCCUGCCCCCCAUCAUCAUGUCCUACCUAGAGAGGCUGCGAUUCCUGCAGAGAAACCGCAGAUUGUUGCUGCCCGUCCACAGCCUCGUGUGCCUGCUCACCUUCAGCCUCUCGCUGCCUCUGGCCAUCAGCCUGUUCCCCCAGAUGUCUCAGAUUGAAGUGUCUUGCCUGGAGCCGGAGAUCGCUAUGGCAACAGAUUGCAAGAUGGUGACCUACAACAAGGGUCUAUGAUGGCUGGCGUGGAGCAGGAGAAGAGAUCAGAGGAGGAGGCUGCACGGUAAAGAGCUGUCAGGGAGAGCCUCGGCUGGGUUCCUCCUGACGACAGCUGAGGGGAUGCUUCUGCUGCAGUAUCAUAGCUGAGCGUGUAUAUCAUGGUGUACUAACCCAGGUUUUAUUUUCUAAUUUUUUUAACCUUUACCAAGAUCCUAGUCAAUGUGUACAAAUUGGGACAUAUUCCCUUUGUCCUUGCUGUUUUUAAGAGAAUAGAAGAAGCUCUGUAUAUAGACAUAAUGAUAUAUUUACGGUAAAUCUGUUUUUUUUAGCAUUAAUGAAAUUAUUUUAAUAUAUAGAAUACAGUGUUUUCCACACACAGGCUAUACUCUGUUGCCCACUCAUCCAAUGAAAACAAACGUGUUAUAAAUGCAGUUUAAACCUGCAAAAAAUGACUUUCUACAUAGCUGCUAAAUGUUUCCCAUGUUCAGCAAAGUCUUUAGUGACAGACACAGGAUUUCUGAGGCACACAAGACAUACAAGCUGACAUUUAUUUCUUUACAUAAAAACAUGACUGUCGUCUCACAAACAUUUCCAGUGAAGAAAGAUGAUUGAAGAAGAUUUUUACUGAGCCAUUUACAGUUGUAAAAAAAACCUCAUCGGUGCCCUCUGCUGCACAUUUUCAUUUGUCAUGGGUAAUGGAAAUCAUCUUUGUCUUUCUUGGCAAAAUACACUGACCCUGAUAUAUCUGCAAUAAACUAAUAUCGGCACAGUUGAUUUAUUACUUAGGCUAUUUAUCACUCUGCUGUAUUAUCGUGACAGAGACAAAGUAUAUUGUUGACAUGUGGGAAACACUGAAAUAGAUGUCAAAAUAAAAGUCUUAGUUAUCUCUCGGGAACAAGUCUAUUUAUCAUCUGAUGGUAGAGAAACUCUGCAAUAACAAUCACUAUGGGACAAUAAGAAGCCACUCUGUGCUGUGCAUGUCUGUGGAAAAAUGCAGAUACUGUACUGUAGAUGUUUAUUAGUUACACUGUUUAAUCCAAUAAUGUGAAAUAAC